AUGAUUUUCCUUCGUCAUCAUUUAGAUGAAAGAUUAAAAAUAGAGUAUCUUACUGUUAAAGAUCCUCUUGUCCUUUGGCGAGAUUUGAAAGAAAGAUUCGACCACCUGAAGUUGGUCGUUCUUCCAAAAGCCCGAUAUGAUUGGCUUCACUUACGGCUGCAAGAUUUUAAAUUUGUCAACGAAUAUAAUUCACAGCAAUAUCGAGAGAAGGGAUUUAAAAAAUAUUCUGAAUUUAUUGCAUGUCUUCUCUUGAUUGAACAAAACAAUGAAUUAUUGCUGAAAAAUCAUGAGUCCCGACCAACUGGUGCAAGUCCAUUCCCUGAAGCGAAUGCGACCCAAUUUCAAAAUUCUGGUCGAGGUCGUGGACGUGGCCGUAGAGGUGGCCGUGGACGUGAUCGUAGUAAAUUUGUGCCCCGUGAAAAUUUUAACCGUGGCAAACAACAAAAUAUUUCCCAAAAGAGGGAAAAUAACUACGAUCAGAAAAAUGGAGAAAAGAAAGUUUAUGAAGAAAAAUGUUACCGGUGUGGUAUGGAAGGUCAUUGGUCCCAUACCUGUCGUACGGCUGAGCAUCUUGUUGACCUCUAUCAAGCAUCAUUGAAAAGGAAAGACAAAGGUGUUGAGACAAAUUUCAUUGAUCAAAAGAAUGAUUAUGAUGAUGGUGAUGAUGCUGAUAUGACACACCUCGAUGUUGCUGAUUUUUUUGAGCAUUCUGAAGAUGUCAACAAAUACCCUAUGAUUAUUUAG